AUGGCCGACAUGAACCAGGAAACUAUACAACAGAAGAUCCAGCUCGCUCGACGCGACGCUGAGGCGCUCAAGGACCGGAUAAAGCGCAAGAAGGAUGAGCUCGCUGACACAACCCUCCGCGAUGUUGCCAGAGAUCGCGUCGAGGCCCUGCCGCGACUCACCAUGAAAACAAAGCGCACCCUCAAGGGCCAUCUUGCCAAAAUCUACGCCAUGCACUGGUCGACGGACCGCCGCCAUCUCGUCUCGGCCUCGCAGGACGGCAAGCUCAUCAUCUGGGAUGCCUACACAACAAACAAGGUCCAUGCCAUUCCCCUCCGCUCCUCGUGGGUCAUGACCUGUGCCUACUCGCCCUCGGGCAACUACGUUGCCUGCGGUGGCCUCGACAACAUCUGCUCCAUCUACAACCUGUCGGCACGAGAAGGUCCGACACGCGUGGCACGCGAACUGUCUGGCCACUCUGGAUACCUCAGUUGCUGCCGAUUCAUCAGCGACAAGCGCAUCCUCACAUCCUCGGGCGACAUGACGUGCGUGCUCUGGGAUCUCGAGACUGGUUCAAAGGUACACGAGUUUGCCGAUCACCUUGGCGACGUGAUGAGCUUGAGCAUCAACCCGCUCGACCACAACCAAUUCGUAUCUGGUGCUUGCGAUGCUUUCGCCAAGCUCUGGGAUAUCCGACAGCAGAAGUGUGUGCAGACGUUUGCUGCGCACGACUCGGAUAUCAAUGCCAUUCAGUUCUUCCCCAACGGCAACGCUUUCGGUACCGGCUCCGACGAUGCCUCGUGUCGCCUGUUUGAUAUCCGUGCCGACCGCGAGCUAGCCUCAUACCAGAUUCCCGAGCCCGUCUGCGGCAUCACAUCUGUAGCCUUUUCCGUUUCUGGUCGUCUGCUGUUUGCCGGUUACGAUGACUUUGAGUGCAAGGUAUGGGACGUAUUGCGCGGUGAGCGUGUAGGCACAUUGCAAGGACACGACAACCGUGUCAGCUGUCUGGGCGUCAGCAACGAUGCGCUCAGUCUCUGCACUGGUUCAUGGGACUCCAUGCUGCGCAUCUGGGCGUAA